UUUUCAGGCUUUUUGUUCUCCCUUUUCCUAUCUUUCUCUCUCUCUUCUUUCCUUUUUCUCUCUCCUCUUUGUAUAUUCACAAAGAAUUGACCUUUUUUAGGCUAGAAAAUAGCUGGAAUUUGCAGAAAACAACACCCCCCAAAUAUUAUAUUUUCUCAAUUAUUUAAGCUCUGUUUUCUUUUUCCUCAAUCAUAAAAUGGCCUGUAAUUCCAGCAAGCUCUAGGAAUGUUCCAGAAAUCCAUAGAAGCCAUGGAAUUGGGAUGAAUAUAUCUCAAUGCCUUCUCUAAAUAUCUUCUAUAAAACCAUAGUUUGUGAUCUGGGUUUGCUUGUUUUUUAGCAAAAAUUGGAGAAAAUGGGUUGUUUUUUCUCAUGGGUUUUGCAUGGGAUUAGACUGGAUAUUUUUUGGGCCUUUUUCUCAUGAAUGGAAUAGUAGAUUAGUUGGGGUUUUGUUGAAACUGGGUCUUUUUUAUGAUCUGGCUCCUUUUCUAUUUGUGUUUUCCAAAGAGAAUCAGGCCUUAUUAUAUCUAAUUUUCUGGAUUUUGAAGAUUAUAUGGUGGGUAUUUUUGUAGUAUUUUGAUGGACUGGAGCUGAAUAUCUAUUUUUUUUUUUAACUUUUUUUGAAACUGUGAAUAUCUGGUUUUAUUUUAUUUUCCCUUUCAUUAGUAGAGCUUUUUUCUUCUCCCGGAUUUACAAGUAUAUAUAUGGAGCUCUCUGAGUUGCUCAAUUUCUUAGAAGAAAACGUUUUCAAUUGGGGUUCUGGUUUUGGAGAAAAGAAUACAAAUUUUUUCGGUUCAAGAGAGAAAAUCAGUUUAAUUCUUAGAAGAAACAGAUUUUGAUUUGGGUUUCUUAUCUUACAGAGUGGUAACAUAGUUUCUCGGAGAAUUGAUGAAAUUGAGCUGAAAAAUCUGAAAUUACUCCGAGGAAUUCUGGGGUUUUUUAUCUGGGUUUGUGAGAAAAAUGGGUAGUUUUUUACAGUCAAUCGAUGGCGUAGUGGAAGAGAUCAUGAGAAUUCAUAGAUCUUUGCCCACUAGGCCUGGUCUAGAUGAGGUAGAGGCAGCCAUGGCCAUUAUUCAAAAUGUAGAGAAAGAAGAACAUGCGAGAAUUGAUGGAAUUAAUAGACAGAGAAAGGCCCCUGAUGUUCCUGAUGAGCUAUUCUUUGUGUUGCAAGAGAUGCAGAAAAACUUGGUGUUCUUUCAGAGCAAAUAUCAAAAGAAGGAAGCUCUGCAACUCAUCGAUCUCGAGAGGACCCAUGCAUUGUUCGAUGACUUGCUUCAAAGAGCUUCGAAAGCUCUGCCUUCGUCGUCCAUGAAUUAUAGCCAGAACUCUCAUUCUAAUGGAAAACAUACAAUUGCCACGCCAUCCGUUGCUUCUACAUCUAACAGUAGUGUUCAUAGUGCUAGUGAUGGGUUUGAUUCUCUCUCUAAACAAGCAUCAGUUGAGGGUAGUCGAGAGGUGUACAGUAGAGAUGACAGUUUUGUUAAGAAGGCCAAGCCUUCUCUCUACCCUGACGGAGUCACCUUGGGUCUUGAUGUUUCGAGGGGUCUGAGGAAUUCCUCUUUGAAACCAGUUACUGCUUCUGGUGAAGACAGUGAGAAGUUGAGUUUGAUUAAACUCGCUAGUAUGUUCGAGAUUUCUUCUAAGAAAGGCACCAGGGACCUAAAUCUUCAAGGCAAACUGACAGAGCAAAUAGAGUGGCUCCCCGAUUCCUUAGGGAAGCUCUCUGGCCUAUGCACCCUUGACCUUUCAGAAAACCGAAUAGUAGCCCUACCCAACACUAUAGGAGGCCUUUCCUCUCUAACUAAACUCGACCUCCACUCUAAUCGGUUAGAGGAGCUCCCUGACUCUUUCGGGGACUUGUUUUGCUUGGUCGAUUUGGAUUUGCGUGGAAACCGAUUAAGAUCAUUGCCUUCAACUUUUGGAAAACUAUCUCGACUUGAUAACCUUGACCUGAGCUCGAAUCAGUUGUCCUCUCUCCCCAGCACAAUAGGAAACCUCAUAAGCCUCAAGAUAUUGAAUGUUGAAACCAACGAGAUAGAGGAACUACCCCAUAUGAUAGGUCAGUGUUCUUCUCUUGUCGAGAUUCGAGCUGAUUUCAACCACUUGAAAGCUGUUCCUGAAGCAGUGGGAAGGCUCGAAUCCUUAGAGGUUUUGACUUUGCAUUAUAACAAGAUCAAAAGCCUACCUACUACCAUGGCUUCUCUAUUGAAAUUGAAGGAGCUUGAUGUGAGCUUUAAUGAGCUCGAGUCAGUGCCUGAGAGCCUUUGCCUUGCUACCAACCUUGUGAAAUUGAAUGUAGGUAGGAAUUUUGCGGAUUUACAGGCUCUACCUCGAUCUAUUGGAAACCUCGAAAUGCUUGAAGAGUUGGAUAUAAGCAAUAACCAGAUAAGGGUGCUCCCUGACUCCUUUGCUAAGCUAUCCAAUCUGCAAGUGCUUCAUGCUGAAGAGACUCCAUUGGAGGUGCCACCAAGACAUGUAGCUGAAAUGGGGGCUCAGGCUGUUGUUCAGUACAUGGCUGAGUAUGUUGCCAAGAGAGAUUCCAAGACUCAGACAGUUAAACAAAAGAAAAGUUGGGCUCAGUUUUGUUUCUUCUCCCGGCCUAACAAGAGGAAGCACUAUGGCAUGGACUAUGUCAAAGCCUAAGCUCCAUAGGCUUUUUGGAGUACUAAUUUUGACAAGGGGAUUUUGGUAAGUGUGACCUACUAAGGACUGAAUUCAGAUUCCAAUUUCCAUUGCUGCGCUUCGUUUCAUUUGAUGCCGAUGACCAAAUUUGACAACUGUUUCCGUUGCUCACUGGACUAUGGUGUUACUUCUACAUCAUUAUAUGUACUCCUCAUUCAUGUCGAAGAUUCAUUCGUAGCUGCAAUUCUUGGUUCCAGUUCGUGAAUAAGCUAUGUGACUGGAUUUUCAUGGCAGAUGGCAAAGAACUUUGUGAGUGUAGUUUCUGUGAAGUCAGAUAAAUUGACGAUCCACUUGGAACAGUUCUCAGAUGCAUUCAACUAGAUGAGACUGAUAGGGAAGCAACUCUACUCCAUAGGAACUGAAAAUAGAGACAAACCAAGGGGUGAGUGACAUGUGGCCAUAGUGGCCCUGUGAAAAGAAAAAAUGAUCCCUGUUGUUUCUUAAUGUGAGAUUAGGACUUUCUUGUUGGUAUUGGGUGCAUUAUCUAGAUCCACUUAGGCGGCUUGACUGACAAACCGCCUAGGUGCAGCUUAGGUGGUGGGGUCUGGGCAGACGUGCUUAAGGUGGGCACCUAAACGGUCAAGGUAGUGU